AUGUCAAGCUACUACAACACUACCACUUACGCCAACCCACCGGCCUACAAGAGAUCCAGGAGCGUCAAGAGCGACCAUGAGGUCAACCUCAACGGACCUAUUGAGGUUGUGGGAUCUGUCAAGUCUGGAAGCAGCAUCAACUUGAACGGCGAUGUGAUUGUCCGCGAAAAGGUCGAUGCUUAUGGAGCCCUUGGCUUGAACGGCAGCAUCAGAUGCGAUGGCAGGGUCAAAGCCUACGGAAACAUCUUGGUGAACGGAUACACAGUUGCCAACGACAAGAUGAAGGGCUGCGGCAAGCUCAAAGUCCUGGGAACCCUGGAAGCAACUGAACUUGAGAUAUACGGAAACGUGAGCAUCACGGGAUACUUGAAAUGCAGACGCCUUGUUGUCUACGGAACCCUGACGCUGAUCGGAAGCGAGUCUGCCUACUAUGCUGAGGAGUCUGAACAAAUCGGUGGAGCUGUCAUGAUGAGAGAAGCAGAGCCUGACUGGGACUGCUAA